AAGGUUAUGAACGUAUAGCCUGUGUAGGCAACGCGGGGAAAUAUUAUAAUUUAAUUGCGUGGUUAAAGUGAAGCAAUACUCCGACUCAGAAGGCGUGAGACGUGUAAAUUAUGAUCGGGUGGAGGAGCGGCAGUGACACACGCACGCACGCACACGCGCACACACACAUGCAUACACAUAUUGUGUGCGCUCUGAGAGCCUCUAUCUCAGUUGUAGCUCACUGAAAUGAUGCGUUGUGUCGUCAAGCAACCAGAGCACGAACACUGAGAGCUGUUUCACAGGCUGCGCUCUCACACCGACCAUAUCAGCGAGAUUUCAGCGCCGGAUAUUAGCAAACGUGGCCAGACAUUCACCGGUUGCCCUUCAGAGAAGUCUCCGAUGGCCGAAAACCCGUCUGUGUGGCUGUGACAGAAGGGAAACUACCUCUCUCUCUCUCUCUCUCUCUCUCUCUCUUUCUCUUUUACACGCGCACACACACACGCGCGCGCGCACACACACGGGAAACGUCAUCAGCAUUUUCCUGUAGUUAAAUGGUCGAGACCGAGGAGGUCACUGGCGAAAAAAGGAGGAAUAAAAAAAAAAAAACGAUAUUCAAAGAAAUAGAAGGAUUUUUUAAAAUAAGGAACCAACAUAUACUGGAUUAGGCUUCCUAAAUGGGGGAUUACAGUUUUGGAGUCCUGGUUAAAAACAACGCAUCUAACAAAGCAGUUUUCCCGGUCCGAAUCCACCCACACCUGCAGCAUCCGGUCCACCAGCCUUCAAGCCCACCUGCUUUUAUAAACAGUAAUACCCCGAGCAGUGGUGGAAAUGCAGGCUCGACUUGGCUUUUCCCUGCUGUAACAGCCCAUGCUAAUACGCAAGAUGAGAUACUGGAGUCUGACAAAUCCAAGGCCCAACAGCAGCAACAAGAAGACCAAGAAGGACAGGAAAAGCGACCUCGGACGCCUCAGGGCCACCAAGAAACAGUGAACAUCAUGUCUGAACUGGAAAACUCCAUGCCAGAAGAAGGUCAGCUGGACAAGGGGGCUGUAGAGAAUGGCAAUGGAAAAGAAGGUCUGCGGAUUGAAUCUCCUGUCUUAUCCGGGUUUGACUACCAAGAACCAACUGGCAUUGGGACGUUGGCGCAGUCCAGCAGCUCCUCUUUGCCUGGCUUCAGCAGCUGGUCCACGGCUAUUCCCGCCAACCCUUCUGCCAUGAUGGAAGAGGUGGGUUUCUUUAGCCAAACUGCCACCACUGCUAAUGCUGCCCCUCCAUUGCUGUUCCAAAACUUCUCUCAUCACGCAAGUCCCGGGUUUGGGGGAAGUUUUUCCCAUCAGAUUGGACCACUAUCCCAGCACCACCCUCCUCCUCCUCCUCCUCACUUCCAGCACCCUCACAAUCAGCACCAGCAGAAUCGCAGGUCCCCUGCUAGCCCACACCCUCCUCCAUUUAACCACCGCAAUGCUGCGUUCAGCCAGCUCUCUCAUUUGGGGAAUAACCUAAAUAAACCACCUUCGCCAUGGGGAAAUUAUCAGAGCCAAUCCUCCACCCUUUCCUCCAGUUCAUGGAGCCCAGGUGGAGGUUAUGGAGGAUGGGGAGGAUCUCAGGGGCGAGAAUACAGGCGAGGCCUGAAUGGAGGCAUGACUGCAAUUAACUCCAUCUCACCCCUGAAGAAAUCCUUCCCAAACAACCAGGCUUCUUCACAGAAGUAUGCCCGUAACAACUCAAGCUUCAACCCCAAGCCAUGGAUGGAGGAUAGCAUAAACCGCAAUGACAGCUUCUUUCCUUUUCAGGAGCGCAGUCAGUCCUUUGAUGGCUUCAGCAUGCACUCUCUGGAGAACUCACUGAUUGACAUUAUGAGAGCUGAGCAGGAUUCUUUGAAAGGUCGCUUUGGCUUUUCCCAUCCACCUGAAGAAGGCUCUCUCUCUGGGAAUGCAAGGAAUUAUGGAAGACGACGAGGUCCUUCGUCCCUGUUCCCCAUGGAGGACGAGCGCAGUUUUGGGGAUGAUGAGAGAUCUGAGCAGAGUCUUGGUGGUCUGGGUUCCACACACUGCUUUCCUCAUCAGAACGGCGAGCGUAUCGAGCGAUACUCUCGCAAAGUGUUUGUUGGUGGACUACCUCCUGAUAUAGAUGAAGAUGAAAUCACUGCUAGUUUCCGUCGGUUUGGACACUUGUUUGUGGAUUGGCCUCACAAAGCAGAGAGCAAGUCCUACUUUCCACCCAAAGGUUAUGCAUUUCUACUAUUUCAAGAGGAGAGCUCAGUCCAGGCACUAAUCGAUGCCUGCAUGGAGGAGGAAGGGAAACUCUACCUGUGUGUGUCGAGCCCUACCAUCAAAGAUAAGCCUGUUCAAAUCCGUCCAUGGAAUCUGAACGACAGUGAUUUUGUGAUGGAUGGCUCUCAGCCUCUGGACCCCAGGAAAACCAUCUUUGUUGGAGGAGUGCCUCGACCUCUUCGAGCAGUGGAGCUGGCGAUGAUUAUGGACAGGCUCUAUGGAGGGGUGUGUUAUGCUGGCAUUGACACUGACCCUGAGCUGAAAUAUCCUAAGGGAGCCGGACGCGUGGCCUUCUCCAACCAGCAGAGCUACAUCGCUGCUAUCAGCGCUCGAUUUGUGCAGCUGCAGCAUGGCGAAAUUGAUAAACGGGUGGAAGUGAAGCCAUAUGUCCUGGAUGACCAGCUGUGUGAUGAGUGCCAGGGCACACGCUGUGGGGGCAAGUUUGCACCCUUCUUCUGUGCCAAUGUCACCUGUCUGCAGUACUACUGUGAAUACUGCUGGGCAGCCAUACAUUCGCGUGCAGGGCGAGAGUUCCACAAGCCCUUGGUGAAGGAGGGAGGAGACCGGCCUCGCCAUAUCUCCUUCCGCUGGAACUGACCCAGCACACAGGAUGACUGACCUAGCAUACAUGCACUUUUCCUUUUUUUGUUACAUUCUUUUUAUUUAGAUUUCUUAUAAUAAAUUUAAUUUAUUAUAAGUUUUUAAUUUUUGGAAAUAAUGACGAUAAAAAAGAAGUGUAAUUUUUUUUUUCUUUUCUUUUUUUUUGUUUGCGCCGGACCGCCAAAUAGGUGGGCCAAGAAUAGUAAAUAUCCCUAACUGACUGAAUGACUGACCAAUUGAUUCCUUAUUGUUGAAUCAAGCAUGCAAAAGAUCUUAAAUGAUUCUCAUGCAGUGUAGAUGCCGAUUUUUGAGGUCACAAUAUUAACAUGUAUAAAAACAGAAAACACUGCAUGCAGCAAUAAAUGGCUGCUAUACAUUGGUACUCUGCUAAUCACUGGCAGAUAUUUAUACAGACACCUAAACUGAUGAAUCGCAUCCAAGAACGAUGAUUUUCUUUGGUGUGUGUUGACUUUAUGACCAACAGGGCCAAAGUUUAAACUAAGGAAUGAACAUAUCAUAUAUCUAUCAGUCAGACUAGUUAUUAUGAAACAGAGUCAAGCUUACAUUUUCCCUGAUCAAAUUUUAUCCUUUCACCACCAUAUAGCCAUGGUGAUACGCUUAGCAUAAUGAUUUCCGUACAACUGAGAGAACGUAGCUAAUAAAUGCUAUCUAGUUAGAGAGAAAUACACUAGAAACCUGGAAUGCGAUAUACCAGGAAUAUAGGAUCUAUAUUCCUAUAGUUCCAUUAUCUACAUUUUAUGUCACCAUACAUUUUAAGAUAUUCAGCAAUUAUUUCUUUAUGUGUCGUUGACGUUCAACAUGGAGGAAGCGAGAGGUCACCUGGAACCUGCAUACACAAGUUGACCUGGAAAUCACCCGAUAUUGGCUGCAUUUGCGGUCCGGCUAACCUAGAUUAAUGAAGUUUUAAUUUAAUGAACGUCUUAAUUUGGUGUGCAUGAAAAACUUGAAUGCUUUAGAAGUAGUCGAUAUAGGUGUUUAGAGUGAUGCCUCUAAACUGCUGUUUUACUUUUUAUCAUACUACUGUUGAGACCUUGCCUUUUUGUUGUGAUGGGUCGCAUUAGGAACGUGGGCAGGACUACACUUUAAAACGUAGUUGACUGGGUAGAGGGGAAAAAAGGCAGGAUCAUAAAAGGUGCACAUUUCACUGUAAAAAAGAAAAAAAAGAAAAAAUUAAAUAUGGUGUUGACUAGUUUUGAGACCGCAAGCUCAAAUAGUUGCACAAAUAAACACGUAGUAACUAUUCUAGCAAGAAACACUCGGACCUUACUAGCAAGAGACCAAACCUACUGUAAAACUAACAAGAUGCAGGUUUUUAAAAGGCUGUUUGAGCAUCACUGGCAUGUUUAAGUGGAAUUGCGUUGGCCACUGAGGCAGGCAUACUGCUAAUAGUCUACAUAAAUAUGCAUAUUAAUUUUCGCUCACUGCAGGCACUUGCAAUCACUUUAACAUCAUCUUGGAUUAUACUCACAUGAUGGGCUCAGUAUACGUCUAAAGAUCUCAAGGAGUAAGCGCACUCUCGUGUGCGCCUGUUCCGCAGGUCAGACUGACCAAAGAUAAGCCUUAGAGAUAACAAAUGUCUUCACCUCCCUGAAAUUACUGUUGUGCAAAGCAAGUAGGGCAGACUAGUAUUCAUGUCAUGUGACUUAAAAAGAAAACCACACAUCUAAUAAGAUUACUUUAGAAUAAUAAUGCUUGUGAUGGUAACAGCGGUAACAUUGCUCACUUGUCAGGGAAUUUGUGCAAAUAUUGUAGUGCUAAUGAGAAUUACCAUGUGGUGUGUUGAUAGUGCUUUAUUGCAUGUUUUAUUUCCCCCAAGACUUUUUGCCGUUCUAAUUGAGCAGUGUAGUAGCUGAACGCGUUUUGAAGACUUUUCUGUCACAGAGAAACCGAUAUUGUUUUAUACAUGGUUUGCUAAUUUUUGUACUGUGUUUUCUAGAUGGUUAUUUUCUCAUUAACAUAAACAUAUGCACUACUUUUUCUAUAUAUUGUUUCGUUUUUGUUUUUCCAAGUCAUUUAGGCACUUUCUCUUCUUUUUUUUCUUUUUUUUCCACAAACAAAAUGUCUUUUUGCAAUACCUCAUUUCUUUUUAUUUUCCUCAAUUGUUGGGUAUAGAUUUCGUACCUUUUGUUAUGGAGACACCUGGAAAUAAGGCAAGAAUUAAGAAAAAUAAAUAAAUAAGGCAUUAAUCAUUUUCAAUUAAGCUUUUUCUAAAUAUAAUCACAGGAGUAAAUGUUGACAUAUUAAAAAAAAAAAAA